ACAUGUGAUGUCAAGAUGAUUUAGCAACUGGUUCAGAUACUCCAAAUUAUUAACAACCAAUUCAGAUACUCCAGGUUUGCCACUGAAGAGCCCUUCAUGCAAGACAAGUUGACUGCCCCAAGCCACACUGGAGUAAGAUGAAGGUGUUGCUGAGCCUGACUCUGGUGCUGACAUGGCUGGAGCGGAGCGGAGGGGCUGGCUGGGUGUUCACAGAGCCUCAGCUUCGAGCUAGCGCUGGGGACUCUGUGCUGCUGCAGUGCCACUUCCUAGACCUGGAGAACAAGGGCUGGACCGUGAGCAAGGUGGACUGGAUACACAAGGCAGGGACCGGCACUCAGGAGGAGGUGGUGUUUUUUUACUACAGUAACCGCGGGGUCCCUGCGGGCCGCUUCAAGCACCGGGCACAGUGGGAAGGGAACCUCUCCCGCCGGGAUGGCUCCAUCCGGCUGCGGGACCUGCACGUGAACGACAGCGGCACCUACGAGUGUGAGAUCCGGCUGCAGCUCAACAGCAGCAUCUUCAAGAACCGCACGGUGCUGCACGUCAGUCCCCCGGCACAGAGAGAAGGACGAGGGGCAGCAGGUGCCCAGGAGGCUGCACCCCUGAGGGACUCCGGGUUUUGGCCGGCGGUGGUGGGCUGUGGCUGUGUGGCCGUGGUGGUGGCGUUCCUGGCCGGACUCUGCGUGAGGAAGAGGUUUGCAGGCAACACAGCCCUGGAGAGGAUUGGAAACAGCAAGAGCAAAGCAGAGGAAGCACUUUACUGCUCAAUCCCUGGAGCUGAGAUACCCAAGGCUGAACAGGAUGCCAAGAAGAAGAGGAGAGCUGAGGACACCUACAUAACCAUGCACCCCUCCCACUGCCGGGAGAACGGAGUCUACGUGGAGCUGUCCAAGAGGAUGAUCCCAGCAGAAUGGAUGGGAGAGGAGAGACAAGGUGAUGGACAAAGCCAGGAGCCCCACAGCAGACCAGAGCAGCCACUUCUCCGGGCUCCAGAGCAGGAGAAAUAGCCGUGCUGGAAGAUGAAGCCUCUUAGCCAGGUGUGUCCAGGACACCUUUGUCCCUUUGGGUGGCCAGAACUGGUGACACUUCACUGUGUGCUCUGUGCCAGGGCACUGCUGGGGCAUGGCCCACCCCAGCUGUCUGCAGAGGAUGAGGGGAGACCUGUCCCUCUUGCCCCCUGGUCUCUGGAGGGGGGGACAGUGGGCACAGCCUCCAUGCUCGAGCUUUAAGCCUGGUCCUGAGACAAGGAUCUCCAAGGGGGGAUAUGCAGCGGGGGCCAUUAUGGUAUUAUUCUGGAGAUAAUAAAACUCAGGGACUCUUCCCUGUUCCUGUC